CAUCAACCUUCUCAUGCAGGCUUGUACGUACUCCGUACCUGAGUACACGCAAUCGCUGGCCGGCUCAUUUCCUGACAGCCAAGUGGGUCUAUAUCCCUUGACCAGACAGCAUCGCGAACACCUGAAUCCCAUCGAAAACCUCCUGUCAGCCCUAUUGCCGAGUCAGACCAGCCAUGUUUUGGUCUGCUCACAGUGGCCUGGCUGUGUUCGACAACGUCCCGCGACCUCCUUUGAUCACGGCGCGCGGCAAGUCGUGGUACGGAACUUCAGACUUGGGCGAUCUGACGUCUUGCCUUGUUUCCUUGUAUAUCCACAUCGUUACAGUGUUUCUCGACCUUGUUGCACUCGGGGCCGCCGACCUGCCCGCCCGAUCUUCCGUGAUCAACAUCUGCAGAACUCAUCAUUACCACACACACAGUUCUGGCAACCUUGCUGCAGCUCUCUUGGGCGAGCGCACCGAUACCUCGGCACUGCGCGUCCUACUUUAGGACGCCGACUGCUCCACAGGCUGUGUUGAUGGCAAUCCAAAAAGCCAAGUUCUCAACAAGAUUCGUGUCGUGGUACUCAGCGAGGACUUUCGAAACUUCCCCAAGGGCUGCAUCGACCGAGUCGAAACAGUUGAUCGUAGUCUCAGUGCAAGACCAAGGCGACCGGUUACAGCGAUGAACCCUCCACAGGCUGCCAUCAGCCGCAGGCUUGGCUCUGCGACACGGCCUCUGACGCCGGCGGGGACAGGCACCACCCCUUGUCGAAUGCUGGACCUUCGUCUCAUAUCCCCAUGCUCGCCUCUGGGAGAAUCUGCUUCCGGUCUGUAAUCGGUGGAGCAGGACCUUUAUUCCUGUUUUCCCUGCGACAAGACUCGCCGCGAGGCCUCGACUUUUUCCUACCGUGCAAGCAAACCGCGCCCAUCCCGGCAUCCUAGCUCUAGUGGCCGGGACUACUGACAUGUGCGACGGCAGCUCGGAAGAGGUCUGGACUUUUCCACCGCUCAUUUUCGGGGCUGACGAGCCCUUCGUUGGUCGGCCGGCGGCAUCUUGCGCGGCAUCUCAGGCAGGCUCGCUAUCGUACGCAAUGACUCAAUUUUGCUCACUAGCAGGGGCCCUUGUCAGCCGCAUCACCACAGUCGUCAGUCACAUAACGCACUCCCUGCCUGACCGAGCUUGCCCAGUGUUGUCGUCUCAACAUGGCAUAUCGCAUCCUGUCAGUCGGCAGUGCCAUGUUCCUUUUUGAGUACUGAUUGACACUCGUUACCGUCGUACUGGGUCGCGCGAUGACUUCUGAGCUUGAGGACAUGCCAUGCUUGGCUCGUCUGAAGGCGAUGGAUUUGCGGCCUGGGCAGUAUAACCAAAUAAUAGGGUCUCACUUGCCAUGCGAUCGCCAAACUGCCGCAGAACCCCAAAGCCGGGGACACCGGAGGCAGACAUUAUUCAUGAGAAUGAUGGCAGAGAGCGGUCGCGUUAGGCAUGCAUGAAGUGGAUCAUACUUCCGCUGGGCUGGAUUCUUCUAUUUACGAUCUGUACUGCUUUCUCCUCCUGUGAGGCACACGAUCGCCAGCGUCUUCAACUCGUCCCAUGGGUCUGAUCUGCUCUGGGGAGGUGGGACCAUAAUAUUCGAUAAGAACAAUUAUCAUAUCCUUGUAGAUGAAGCCGCAGACCCAAGCCCAGGCAACUGACACCUGAGAUGGCUGGCAUGAGUGAUCUCCCCGACAUUGCUUAGAACUUCUGAGUUCAUAGCAUGCCGUUCUUGACCUCGUCCUUUCUCUCCUCCCACAGCGUCUUGCCAGUGCAGGAGCAGACAGUCUUGUCAUUGUCCCAUACUCCAGCACUCCGCGCAAUCACACCAACAACAGUAUUCUCGUCGUUGUGCAGGGCUUUGCCCGAAGUCUCAUCCUGGCGUGUCACGACGAAGGCAUGCCCGAUAACCUCCCACACUUGGAAUGGCCGGUCGAGGAAAACGCUACCACGACCGUCCGCCCCGAUCUCGACGGUGCCGAGAUCUCCUCUCACCUGAUCCUUCUGGUCCGGCUGGCUGGUGAGGUCGCCCCUCCAAACCGGCCCUGUGGAGGAUGCGCCCUCGGCCAAAUUGCCAUACUCGCGAAUGGUGGCUCGGUAGGUACCAGGGUCGACACCGCGCAGCGUCAGGUCCACGAGCGUCACCGUCUUCGACACCUCGACCAUGCGCGCGAGGCCUCUCACCUCUCUGCUCUUUUGUUGGUCGGGGACUUGGUCUCGCUCCUCCUUGCACUGGGCAUAUGUCUCAAGUAUACUGACUGCCGAGCCUGCAAUUGAUGACAGGAGUGAGGCUGGGGGUCAGCCUAUGCACUCAGCCACCGUAUGAUCGUGUGAUUGCGCCCGUAUGUCACGCAACCCAAAGAGACAAGCUUUUUUGUCAUAUGGUUCGCAAACGCCAUAUAUGCAUGGAUAAGGGGAAUUGCAUUAACAGUAUAGGGUCGGGCGGGAUGGCAACUCACUAUUUGAUGAUCCCGACCCUCUCAGGAUCGCAUCCCUACCAGUAGCCUCGAUCGUCGCGACUAUGGUUGAUGGCGGUGCUGUAACAUCAUGCCGACAAUCAGCGACAAGUCAAGGGACGCGUUGAGGCCAAUCACCCAGGUCCUGACCCGUGCCAGGCCACCUCGUGGGACUCAUUGAGACGGCGCGUAUCGAGAGCAGCAAAACGAAACACCACGGCCCGAUGAGCCCAUACCUGUACCCUCAACUCUGACGAGCUGGUCCUUCAGAUUUGCCUCGACCUUGGAAAUUCCAGCAACUUUGUAGAGUGAGUCUGAAACAUCCUUGACGCAGCUUUCGCAGGUCAUAGGAACCGCGAAGAGGGCCUGUUUGGUCGCGGGACGUUUCAUUAGCCACACUGGACCUCCUUAAUGACCGCGAAGCCGCGCCUCCAGGUGGGAUAAUAGGCCUCCGUUGCUCGGCGUGUAAAACCGCAUCCAGGUUCGGCUCUGGAACCGGCGCGAGACAAUGACGCACCUCAAAAGUCUGGUCGACUGUCAUUUUCGAGUUGCCUAAUGAGUUGUGCUUUUGAGAAACGGCCAGGGAAUGAUCGCUUGGUUGCCGCCGCGUGUGAAUGUAAUAAGCGCCUGCUGAGCCGAGUAGAGCAAUGCCAGAGAUGCCACGCAGAUAGCGGAGGGACUUGCUCAUCGAAGGAGGACAGAGGAAAGAAGAAGUUGAGAGAUGAUGCACAGAAUUCACGGCCGUGUAUGUCACGCCAGUUCACCAAUGUCAGUUGUCAUCGGUCCAUUUUGCAUUGCUUUGAAAUCGCCGCACGCCUGGGGUUCCGCCGCUUCUCGGGACCUGUCAGUGGGACCGACAGGACGGCUUGACGGAAGACCCCUGUCUCUGCUGCAGGUUGAGUUUGGACCACACGGCCGAUUAGAUAAGCCACCUCUCAAUUUUUGGAUCCGCAUCUCUGCCUGUCGAGUGCUGCGAUACUAGAGGCGACAGACGACGCGAGCACGACCCCGACUCCGGCAUAUCUCACAAUUGAGACCCGUGGUAGUGUGCCCAAGCUCCAGUUCGCCGGUGGAUGAGGGGACGCAGCUCCUCGUGAACCUCCAACAUGUCGCAGACAGUCGGUCUCACCCGACUUGCCUACUCAAGGGUAUGGCACAACAUCUCAGCCUCAACACCACACCCGACCCUGAGCACGAUCAAGUCCCCGCCCGAGGCCAUCACGCCCCCCUCCCUAGGCCGCCUGGCGUCGCGGAUCGCGACGCUGCUGAUGGGCAAGCACAAGCCCAUCUUCGACCCGUCCACGGACUGCGGCGACUACGUGGUCGUCACCAACUGCGCGGCGCUGUACACGACGGGCAACAAGAAGUGGCGCAAGAGCUACUACCGGCACAACACGCGGCCGGGCUCCCUGCAGGAGGUCACCAUGGACGUGCUCAUGGAGAAGCACGGCGGCAGCGAGGUCCUCCGCAAGGCCGUCAGCGGCAUGCUGCCCAAGAACCGGCUGCGGAAGAAGAGGCUCGCGCGGCUCAAGGCCUUCGAGGGGGAGGCGCACCCGUUCGAGCAGAACCUGGCACGGUUUGGCGGAAAGGUCGUCGGGAGCGAGGGGUGGGCGCAGGUUGCUGAGAAGAUCCGGGAGGCUGGGGCUGCGAGGUUAUGAGCGGGACGGUCGCGCUGGGGUGCGUGAGCGGUUGCAGAGGUACGAUCUGAUGGGCGAUAUAAAAGCAAUAACCCCGUGGGAAUGCUGGGCUCCGGCAAGUGUGUUUUGCUCGGGUGCUUGCCAGCUGUGUAUAAACUGCUAGGAAUGGAUCGUUGGGACAAUAUCUAUGAGUGGGUGUCCCCGGCCAAGGAUGGUCCCUACAUGCACACGUUGCACAGUGAACAUGCUGGAUGUGCUCUUUAGUGCAGAAAGGACAUUGGAUGUGAUGUACUUGAUGAUCUGUUGUUGAUUGAUAGACGAACAGUCAAGUCAUUUCCAUGGUCCGUAAACGUGCUUGCUGAGUACCAAGUACUGGCACUCCAGGAACCAUACACUGUACAAAGUAUCCAGAAUUGUGAUGUAGACAGCAAUUUAUAUCUCUGCCGGCCAUCCCGGCACUCAGGAUGACCGGUAUGUUGCCGAAGCA